ACCCCCUCUCGGGCCAGGAAAUACGCUCGUUUCGCCAAAUUCGAGUGCGCUUGGGUAAUCGCAGCCCCUUGCGACUUGCGUUUUCCUUUGCCCCCUCACCCCCUCCCGGCCUUUCACGAUCCAAACCCUAACCCUAAUGCCCAAAAUCCCAGUUCAAGAAAGGCAGGCGAGCGAGCGAGGGAGACCGAUUCGGGCUUCGAUGGAGGAGGAGAGGCUCCACUCCUCGCGGGAAAGCCCUAGAUUUCCUCCGGGGGACCGCCCCCCACGGCUGGCGGCGUCAGCGGAGCCACAGCCCCUGCCGGCCUCGCGGCCGCCCCCGUCAAUCCUCGACCGGUUCCGCGCCAUGCUCCGGGAGAGGGAGGAGGAGCUGCGGAAGGCCACCGGAGACGACCCACCCCCGCCCCCUACCGCGGGCGAGAUCGUUCGCUUCUACAAGGAGCUCCUCUCGGAGCUCACCUUCAACUCGAAGCCAGUCAUCACCGAGCUCUCCAUCAUCGCCGGGCAGCAUUCCCAGUUCGCGGAGGGGAUCGCCGACGCCAUCUGUGCGCGGGUUCUCGAGGUCCCUGUAGAUCAAAAAUUGCCUUGCUUGUAUCUUCUGGAUAGUAUUGUGAAGAACAUUGGUCGUGAAUAUGUGAAGUAUUUUGCAGCAUGUCUCCCCAAGGUGUUUUGUGAGGCAUAUAAUCAAGUCCCUCCUACCCAGUAUUCUGCCAUGCGCCACCUUUUUGGGACUUGGUUCCAGGUCUUCCCUUUAUCAGUACUUCACAAGAUUGAGGAUGAACUCCAAUUUUCUCCUACCGAGAACAAACAAUCAUCAGGAAUCACAAGUACAAGGCACUCUGAAUCUCCAUCUUCUCGUCCAUCUCAUGGCAUUCAUGUAAAUCCUAAGUACUUAGAAGCACGACAGCAGUUGAAACAUUCAACUUCGGACACUGAACACGUCAGAGGAGUUUCUUCCAGUGGGCAGAAAUCUUCCAUGCAAUGCAAUGAGUACAGUAUUGAUCAUCCUGAGGUGCUUCCUCCACGACCAGGGGCAGCAAGAACAGGUUCACCACAAACUGCAGCCACAUGCACAACCUCCAUGGUUGAAGUGGAAGGUCCAACUCGUCAAUUAAAGAUCAAGAUCUCAAGGUCUUCACCACCUCCAAUAAUUGGACCACGAAAUUCUAUAUCACCACCCAUUGACAGAUUCUCCAGAGAUACUUCUCCCAGGAGGAUGCUUGAAAGGGUUUCUCCAUCUCAUUCAGGAUUUGUAUAUGGACCCGGCAGAGGGACUAAUCAGAAUGGUUGGCUUGAGAGGAGAUGGCCUUUCGAUGACAGUGCCCAGAAAAUACAAGCUUCCAUGGCAUUCAACCUUAAUAAUGGAUAUGCCAAGCAGCGCUCGAGAGAACUUAUUGAUGCAUAUGGAAAUUAUACAGGGAAAAGUGCUUCUCUUGAAAAGCUUCCAAAGGUACAGCGGGUUGAUGUAAAUAGCGUAGCCAGUGAGAGAGCUGCUAGAAAAUGGAAGAAUUCUGAGGAAGAAGAGUAUGUUUGGGAGGAUAUGAGCCCAACUUUAUCUGAUCGAAGCAGAAGAAACAGCCUGCCACCCUUUGGGCCCAGCCUGCCACCCUUGAGCACAAGGGCUGGUUUAACUAGACCAGAUGCUUCACUUCUGGAUCAUGAUUCUGGAAGGCGCAGUUGGCCUGGCCAAGCUCAGCUGCCUGCAGUUGGUGAUUCUGCUUUUACCAUUGAAGAUAGGAUACCAGUAUUUGGUUCUGCUCAUGGAUCAAUGAAUAGGAAGUAUCUGGAUAGCACAGUAAGUCAGAAUGAUUGGUUGCCACACUAUCAGGGUUCUCAGCACAUGCAUCAACCUCGGAAGUUGCCUUUCAUGUUUCCAAAGUCUGCACAACAUAGCCUUAGUCCACAAUCGCGAGGAAGGGCUCAUCAGAUGCCUGUUGCAGCAAGUGGAAUAACACCUCUGGUCAUUAAUAAAUUGCCCAGUCCGUAUGAACAUACAACAGAUUUGGAAGUGCCAUUUCAGAGGUUAUCAAGCUCUCAUUCUGACCCUUUUGAUGUGGACACAUCCACAUUAGAGAGGCAUUUGACACAAAGACCACAUUCGCCCCCUCCUGCUCCGAUUAUAUGGCCUCCUGUUCAUAAUACCCAGCAGCUGCCUCUACUACCUAUUCCUCCAAAUCAAAAGCAGUUUAAAAGUUCUUUUGAUCAUGUGGAAGCUAACAAGCCUAUAUUAAACCAAAGGCCAGAAUCAUUUUUCAAUUUGUCUCAGUAUCAGAAUGACACUGCUGAUAGGAAAAUAUCAAACUCAAAUAAGUUACUCCAAUUACCAUAUCAACAGCCUGGCUUAGCUCAUGCAAAUCAACAGAGUCAGGAACAAGGCGCUAGUAUGCAAAUUCAGUCUCAGAAGUCUAAUGGAAGCAUUCUUUCACCUGCACCAGCUCAGCUUUCAUCUCAAAUAGUUGCUCAGCCCUUAAAUCAUGUGCAAACGUCGGGACAGGGCAUUGCCAUGGGUUCAGUUUUACAUAACCAGUUAUCUGGGCUACCUUCUUCUGUGGCAGUAAACAGUGUGCCUGAUACCUCUUUACGUGUAAAUGCAAGUGUUUUACCUCCCUUGCCUCCAGGACCACCUCCUGCCUCAUCACAGAUGGGACCUGUGUUGCAAAAUACUGGUUCUAUGAUAUCUAGCUCGCCUGCAGGUGCAUUUUCAGGUCUGAUUAGUACUCUUAUGGCACAGGGUUUGAUUUCAUUGACACCACCAGAUCAAUCUCAGGAUUCUGUGGGGGUUGAAUUUAAUGCUGAACUUCUUAAGGUGCGACAUGAAUCUGCAAUUAAUGCUUUGUAUACUGAUCUUCCAAGGCAAUGCACAACAUGUGGCUUGCGUUUCAAAUGCCAAGAAGAGCACAGUAGUCACAUGGAUUGGCAUGUGACUAAAAACCGAGUGUCUAAGAAUCGUAAGCAAAAGCCAUCUCGCAAAUGGUUUGUAAGUGCAAAGGAAUGGCUUAGUGGGGCAGAAACACUUGGAAAUGAUGUUGUUCCUGGCUUUUUGCCUACUGAAACUGUUACAGAUAAGAGGGAAGAUAAGGAAAUGGCAGUCCCAGCAGAUGAAAAUCAGAAUGUGUGUGCAUUAUGCGGGGAGCCUUUUGAGGAUUUUUAUAGUGAUGAGACUGAGGAGUGGAUGUACAGAGGGACAGUAUAUUUGUAUGCUCGAGAUGGAUAUACUGAAGGUUUAGACAGGUCUCAAUUGGGCCCCAUUGUCCAUGCCAAGUGCAGAUCAGAGUCUAAGGAAGGAUCUGGACAAGCUUAAGGGGGAUACAAAUGACAAAUGUGAUUAGCAUAAAGGAUUGCGGCUUACAUUAACUUAACCUGUAAAUUACUUGGAGCAUUGCAGGCCAUUAUGGUAUGCACAACUCAAUCUUUUUCCCACUAAUGGUCAAGCCUGCAUACCAUGGCUUCAUGUUUAAUAUUGUACAUUCAAAGUUGGCUUUCUGUAACUUACUGUCAUCAAAGUGUAUACCGUUCAUGCAUCUCCUUUUCGCCCAUGUAAAUUUUGCUUUACAUCAGAGAUCCUGCAAGCUUUGUUCAUUGGCAGUCAUUUGAUUUUUUUCAGCCAUGGGGUUAAAAGAAAGACACCAUGCAUCACAGAAUGUCUUUAUGUAAUCUGGAUCCUUCUCUGCUAUCCAUCCUCUGUACUUGGGAUGGUUUGCUGCUGCUCGUUUUUGUCCCCUUUUUUACCUUUUAUUAAAGGUUUUUGCAGGAAAAUCAAUAAUUAUUUGAGCAGGUAGCUUUCAGUGCCUUGUCAAUCAUUGAUUUGGUGGGUAUUAGAUGCUUGAAAGAACAGGGAAUGCAUCUGCAGCCACACUAGCAGCAGCAGCAAAUGGAACUUCGCUAAUACCCUUUUCCCUUUUUCAUUUUUUUUUUCUUUUGUUCUUUUGUUAGGACCAUGUUUUAACUGUUGUUAGCAAGGCUUAUGCUCUAUUUUGGUGGUCUAUGAGCGGAGCAGAUUAGUUGGACUCUCAAUUUGCAGUAUUGUAUGUUUGCAUGAAUCUUCCCUAUUUAAUGUCUUGAUGAAUGUUAAAAAAAAUGAAUAUAUCUCAUUUUAAUA